CGUGAGGCGGCGCCGGGAUCAGCUGGCCGCCGAGCUGCUUUCCCCGCAGGCAGCGCAGGGCCUGGGCUGAGCCGGGAGUGGGGAUGGCAGCGGGGCCAGCGGUUGGAGUGACCUGCGCGGGGCAGCAGUGACACCCCAGCCCGGAGCGCUGCCCGGGUCACUCACCUGGUAUAUUUCGCUGCCUUACCAAAGACAUAUCUCCUCUACACGUGGAACAGACCUGCCCCCCGGUCCAAGUUCUCCAAGCCUUCUGCUCUGGGAGGUCUAGUGGGGCUAACCUCAGAAUGUCUCUCUCGUCUGCUCCUAGUGGUGGUAGUGCUGUCUCCGGUAUGGUGGCUGGAGACUGUAAGCUCUUUGAGAGUCCAGGAAAGAGGUGACACUCCCCUUCUGAUUGAAGAAUGGUCGUGUUAAGGCAGUUUGGGUUGCUUCUCUGGAAGAACUACAUUUUGCAGAAGCGACAGAUUUUGGUAACGGUCAUAGAAAUCUGCUUGCCAUUGCUAUUUGCUGCAAUCCUCAUUGCGCUCCGCCACCGAGUGCAUUCGAUCAGUCACCCCAAUGCCACCAUCUACCCCAGCCAGUCAGUGGAUGAGCUGCCAUGGUUUUUCCAUCACCGGAAGCUCAGCCCCUGGGAGCUGGCUUAUGUCCCCUCCAAUGUCACUGCUGUGAAGAGCAUCGCGGAGGCAGUGGAAAAGGCGUUGCACAUCAAUAUCAAAGCUCAAGGGUUCCCCUCGGAGAAGGAGUUUGAGGACUAUGUGAAGUUUGAUAACCGCUCGGGUAACGUGCUGGCCGCCCUCGUUUUCAAACACUGCUUCAAUCAGAGCAAGGACCCCUUGCAGCUGCAGGUUAAUUAUCAGCUGCGCUUCAAAUACAGCCCUAGGAAUGCCCCCCGGAGCGAGCAGACAGGCCUGAACCCCAACCUCGACCGUGACUGGCACACCAGCUACCUGUUCCCACUUUUCCAGUUACCAGGCCCCAGAGAAGCCAAGUUCCCUGAUGGAGGGACGCCAGGUUACAUCCGGGAAGGGUUCCUGGCUGUGCAGCAUGCCGUUGACAGAGCCAUCAUUCAAUAUCAUGCCAACGCCUCUGCCACCCGCCUGCUGGAGGGGUUCACCGUGGCCGUCCGGCGCUUCCCCUACCCACCAUACGUCAACGACCUCUUCCUCCUGGCCAUCCAGAACCAGCUGCCCCUGUUGCUCAUGCUGAGCUUCACCUACACCUCGCUCAACAUCGUCCGCGCCGUUGUGCAUGAGAAGGAGAAAAAGUUGAAGGAAUAUAUGCGCAUGAUGGGCCUCAGUAACUGGCUGCAUUGGAGCGCCUGGUUCCUCAUGUUCUUCCUCUUCCUCCUGGUGUCCAUAUUCUUCGUCACGGUGCUCUUUUGUGUCAAGGUAAGCCAGCAGGGGGCGGUACUCACCAACAGUGACCCAACCCUGGUGUUCACCUUCCUGGCCGUCUUCUCCAUCUCCUCCAUCUCCUUCAGCUUCAUGGUCAGCACCUUCUUCUCCAGAGCAAACGUGGCAGCUGCCGCUGGGGGUUUCCUUUACUUUUUCUCCUACAUCCCCUACUUCUUUAUCUCGCCUCGCUACGAUCUGAUGUCCCACAGUCAGAAACUGUCGUCCUGCCUCAUCUCCAAUGUUGCCAUGGCCAUGGGGGCACAGCUGAUAGGCAUGUUUGAAGGAAAAGGGACCGGCGUUCAGUGGCAGGAUCUCAUGAAGCCAGUCAGCGUGGAUGAUAACUUCACCUUUGCACAGGUGCUGGGGAUGCUGCUGUUGGACUCUGUCCUCUAUGGCCUGGUGGCCUGGUACGUGGAGGCCGUCUUCCCAGGGGAGUAUGGCGUGCCGCAGCCGUGGUACUUCUUCUUGACGCCCUCAUACUGGUGCGGGUCUCCCAGAACCGUCCUGGGGAAAGAGAAGGAGGAAGAGGAGGACCCGGAGAAGGCCCUGAAAAGCCAGUACAUUGAGGAAGAGCCUGCCGAUCUGGUGUCAGGGAUCAAAAUAAAGCACCUCUCCAAGGUGUUCAAAGUGGGGAGCAAGACCAAGGAGGCAGUAAGGGACUUGACCCUGAACAUGUAUGAGGGGCAGAUCACUGUCCUUCUGGGACACAACGGUGCCGGGAAGACAACCACCCUGUCCAUGCUCACAGGUCUGUAUCCUCCCACGAGUGGCCAGGCUUACAUCAGCGGCUACGAGAUCUCCCGGGACAUGGUUCUGAUCCGAAGGAGUCUGGGUCUGUGUCCCCAGCACGACGUUCUGUUUGACAACAUGACAGUGACGGAGCACCUGUACUUCUACUCUGGGCUGAAGGGCUACCCCUCGCUGAAGUGCCCGGAGGAGAUUGACCGCAUUGUGAGGCUGCUGAACCUGGAGGAGAAGCGCUGCUCUCUGUCGAAGGCGCUGUCCGGGGGCAUGAAACGCAAGCUGUCCAUCGGCAUCGCGCUCAUCGGGGACUCCAAGGUGGUGAUGCUGGAUGAGCCGACGUCAGGAAUGGACCCAGCCUCCCGCAGGGCCACCUGGGACCUCCUCCAGCACCAGAGGAGCAGCCGUACCAUCCUGCUGACCACCCACUUCAUGGAUGAGGCAGAUCUGCUUGGAGACCGCAUCGCCAUCAUGGCCCAGGGCGAGCUGCAGUGUUGUGGGUCCUCGCUCUUCCUCAAGCACAAAUAUGGUGCCGGCUACCACAUGGUGAUGGUGAAGGAGCCGUACUGUAACCUCGGAGACAUCUCCCGCCUCAUUUGUCAGUACGUGCCCAAUGCCAGCCUGGAGAGCAAUGCCGGGGCCGAGCUGUCGUUCAUUCUGCCCACAGAGAGCACACACAGGUUUGAGGCGCUGUUCACGGAGCUGGAGCAGAAACGGGAGGAGCUGGGGAUUGCUAGCUAUGGUGCCUCUGUCACCACUAUGGAGGAGGUCUUCCUCAGGGUUGGCAAGCUAGUGGACUCCAGCAUGGAUAUCCAAGCCAUCCAACUCCCUGCCCUGCAGUACCAGCACGAGAGGCGGUCCAACGACUGGGCCAUGGAUGACUCCAGCAGCCUGAGUGGAAUGACUGACAUGACUGAUGAUAGUGGGGCUUUGAUCACGGAGGAUUGCUCCAGUAUCAAAUUGAACACGGGGUUCUACCUAUGCUGCCAGCAGUUCUAUGCCAUGUUCAUGAAGAGGGCAGUGUACAGCUGGCGCAACUGGAAGAUGGUGGCAGCGCAGUUCCUGGUGCCUCUGAUUUUUACAGCCCUUGCUCUGGUUGUUGCCAAGACCUUCCCCGGGCCAAGAGAUUCUGCGCUGCUCAGGCUGACGCUGGACCCGUAUGGCAAGACUGUCGUGCCUUUCUCUGUCUCCGAGGCAUCCUGGAUCUCCCCAAGGCUGGCAGAACAGUAUGCAGUGCUGCUGGAUGCUCAAGGCCAAGUGCCCCUGGAGGUGCUAGGUGACCUGGAUGAGUACCUGAUCUCCCGAGCGGCGGAGGAGGGCGGAACUUUCAACGAACGCUACAUUGCAGCUGCUUCCUUCGAAGAGGUCAAAAACCGCACGGUGGUCACGGCACUGUUCAACAACCAGGCGUAUCAUGCCUCCGCCACUGCACUGAUGCUGGCAGACAACGCCCUGUUCCGGCUGCUGGCUGGACCCAAUGCUUCCAUCACUGUCACCAACUAUCCCCAGCCCCGGAACAUCACAGAGACAGCGAAGGACCAGCUCAUGGAAGGCCAGACUGGGUUCGCCAUUGCUAUCAACUUACUCUAUGGGAUGGCGUCCUUGUCCAGCACCUUCGCGCUCCUGCUGGUCAGCGAGAGAGCCAUCAAGGCCAAGCACGUGCAGUUUGUCAGCGGGGUCUACGUGGCCAAUUUUUGGCUCUCAGCCCUGCUUUGGGACCUCAUCAACUUUCUCAUUCCCUGUGCGCUGAUGCUGGUGAUAUUCCAAGCCUUCGAUGUGAAAGCUUUCACCCAGGACAGCCACCUCGUCGAUGUGAUGCUGAUCUUCCUGCUCUACGGCUGGGCCAUCAUCCCCCUCAUGUACCUGCUCAGCUUCUUCUUUUCAGUAGCAGCUACGGCCUACACGCGCCUCACCAUCUUCAACAUCUUCUCGGGCACAGCCACCUUCCUCGCAGUCACGAUCAUGAGCAUUCCAGAGCUGGGCCUUGUGGACCUGUCCAGAACCCUGGAUAAAAUCUUCUUGAUUUUGCCCAACUACUGCUUGGGCCAGUGCAUCAGUGAUUUCUACCAGAACUAUGAGUUCAUUCAGUUUUGCACCUCUUCCGUCGAAGCCAUCAUCAUCUGCAAAGCGUUCAAUAUCAGUUACCAGACGAAUUACUUCUCAUGGGAGACUCCAGGGAUCGGGCAAUAUCUGACCUCCAUGAGUGUCCAGGGCACCGCCUUCCUCCUUCUUCUCUUCCUCAUUGAAACUAACCUCCUCUGGAGACUGAGGACCUUAGUCUGCGGCAUCUGUAGGAGGCGGAAAUGGGCAAUGCUGCUGAACAGGAUGCCCGUGCUGCCGGAAGACCGGGACGUGGCAGAUGAGAGGAAGAAAGUUUUGGAGUCCCCGCCAGAGCUGCUGUCAUCGCUGAGCAGCCCACUGGUCAUCAAAGAGCUCACUAAGGUGUAUAACAGCAGUGAGUCCCUGCUAGCUGUGGACAGAAUCUCCCUGGCGGUCAACAAAGGGGAGUGCUUUGGCCUGCUGGGCUUCAAUGGAGCUGGCAAAACCACCACCUUCAAAAUGCUGACGGGCGACGAGAGCAUCACCUCGGGGGAUGCCUACGUGGACGGCCACAGCAUUCUGGCCAACAUCAAAAAGGUCCAGCAGCGGAUCGGCUACUGCCCUCAGUUUGAUGCCCUGUUGGAUCACAUGACUGGGCGGGAGACACUGAGCCUGUAUGCCCGGCUUCGGGGGAUUCCCGAGCGCUACAUCGGCAGCUGCGUGGAGAACAUGUUGCGAGGGCUGCUCUUGGAGCCCCAUGCAGACAAGCUAGUGAGGUCCUACAGCGGCGGCAACAAGCGGAAGCUGAGUGCCGGCAUUGCCCUGAUUGGUGGGCCUCCUGUGAUCUUCAUGGAUGAGCCCUCCACCGGCAUGGACCCUGUGGCCCGGCGCCUGCUCUGGGAUGCUGUGACCAGGACACGGGAAUGUGGAAAAUCCAUCAUCAUCACCUCCCACAGCAUGGAAGAGUGCGAGGCCUUGUGCACCAGGCUGGCCAUCAUGGUGAACGGGCAGUUCAAAUGCCUAGGCAGCCCCCAGCACCUGAAGAGCAAGUUCGGCAGCGGAUACACCCUCCUAGCAAAAACCAGGGCCGAGGAGGAGGGUGACGUGCAGGUGUUCAAGGCCUUUGUGGAGAAGAUGUUUCCAGGUCUUCGGGGCGCUGGAGAGAGCCAAAGAGAAGUUCCACGUGGAGGAUUAUUCCGUCAGCCAGAUCUCCCUGGAGCAGGUCUUCAUGAGCUUCACCCGCUUCCAGCACUGCACAGAGGAGCGAGGGAAAUGAACAGAGACCCACCUGCCCUUCUCCUGGACUGACCUGCUGCCUAUACAUAGUAUAUAGAGAGACAGUAAUUUAUAUUAUCAGCGUGUGUCUUAAAUAAUGUAUAAAUGUCAGAAAGUUUUGACCAGGGUGCGUGGGGGGUGGGGGGCAUCCUAUCUGCUCCUCAGUGCAGGGGUCACAAGGAGCAUGUGGAUGGGGGUGUGUGAAGCACAGACGGUGAAGAAGCUCGCCAACUGCUGCCUUUUGGGGAAAUCUCUGAAUUUUACUCCCUCCUUCCCAUCUUUAAACCAGCCAAGGAGAGGACAGUGCUCAGUGAUGGGGGAGCAGCCAAUGGAACUACAGAGCCGCUGGAGUUCAGUGCUCAUCUCUACACCACGGCUGCUCUGCUCCAUCGAAGGGGGGAAUCCAUGUAUCGAAUGAUCGGGGGAGGGGGUUCAGAGCUCCCCUCUGGAUCAGUGUCCUUGUCACCGAUCCUUGCACACGUCUGUGUGGGGCACUGGCAGCACACGCCUGAGUGUGUGAGAAACCGUCACUCUUCCACGUUCACUCCCAUCCAUAGGCACGGCAUCAAAAUGCAGGGGAAGGGCACCAGCACAGAGGUGGGUGCCUGAUCCUGCUCUUUGCAGUUGCAGGCAGAAUCUCUGUGGCUUUGCAGGGAGCAGGAUCAGGCCCCGUGCGUCCUUCAGGAGGGCUGCUUUGUUCCACGCUGGCAGCAGCGUGAGACACGUUUGCAUCAUAGCUGAGCAUGGGAGGAACUCUCCCGGCACCGUUCCAGAGGGUCCCCUCGCUAACAUGCCACAUAGUUGCACACGCCUCAUCCGCCCAGAAAUGCACUGGCAUAAGGACCUGGCUUUGGGACUCUCACGUGUCGAAUUGUAUUCCUUUGGGGCUUGCUGGGAUCUAAGGGGACACUGUCACAUAGCUUAGAGCCAGCACUUCACUCGGUUCAUUGGGAUCUGUUGGGGAUUAUCCUCCAGGAGCCCUUGGUGUUUAGAUGGAAAGAAGCAAAUAGCCACUGUUCAUGCGACAGACCCUGCCAAUGAACCUUCCGUCCGUUCCAUGGGGGCUGGGGGGUAGCAGCUGCUAAGAAGAACAGAGCUGUUCACGUUCUCUCUUUAAGCCUCCUAACAGCCUGUCCUGUUCUGACUUGACACCGGGGAGAGCCGUAUUCCGUACCGAGCUGGGCUGCAGCGAUUGCACACCGUCCUGGCACACAGCCAUCGGCACGAGGCAUGCUCUGUGUUGGGAGGAUGCACGACCCCACUGCCCAGGGAGCCACUAUCGGAUACAACAGUUGCCCUCUUCAGAGACCAUCCUGCCUGCUAACAAGUGAAGGAGCCGUGUCGACAUGCACUCACAGGUGCUCCGAGUUCACUGCAUGGCCUGCACUUACAUCCUUCACAGCCAGCGUUUAACAACUGUUCUGGGCUUCCAGGGGUAAACGCCCCCAUGCCCAGCACUGGGGCUGCAACCCGCAUAGAGCGGGCGCUUGUGUUCUAGAGGGGCACCCUAGAGAGCACCCUAGGGACAAUCCAUGGGUGGCGCACUGCAGAGCUGUCCAGGAAGGGUUGGGCUCUGGAUCUGUAGUAUAGACCCUGUGAGAUGCUUGUGGGUGUGGUUGGGGAGAGCCUUCCCUGGUGCAUGGUCCAGACCAGGGCAGUGAAAUUACAUUCCCAUCUGUCUGUGUCCCCCUCCCCCAGUGCACACGCCCCACAGAGUAAAUUCUGGGGGUGCAGGUAGACUAUCCCAGUAAGGACUUAGUGUGGAACAAGGGAACCCUGUUGAUCCUAUUCAGUAGGGUCGGGGUGCUCCAGGCCACCCCAGAUCCCACCCUGAGGUCAGCAUGGGCCCGUCGGUGCCAACAGGAGUGGCAUUUGCUGUCGGACUUGCACAGCACCUGCUGCAAAGAGCAUCAGCUCAGCACUGAGCCCUGCAUCUGCUGCCAGCUAGCUCACCAAAAACCACCCCGGGAGGUCAGCGCAACGCCACUGAAAAGGGGAAAGCUCCUCCUCCGCCCCCUGAAAGGCUGCCUGUUGGUGGAAGGCCCCUUUCCGUGGUUUCCAACCUGCAGCAUGGUGUGAUCUUCAGUGGAACCUCCAUGCAGAGUGCCCUGUGGGAUACGGGGCACGGCUGAUGUCUGUCGUGUCCCACUCCCUCCAAGGGAAGCUGUUACUGCUUACAUUGCUCUGCUGUGAGAAGUGGCUCAAUCUAACCCUAACUGCAGCCUGGGGACAUACAAUUUGGGACACACAUUCUGGUUCCCAAACCCCGAGCUGGGGCACUGGGAGCCAAGUCCCCAGCCCAGAUUCUGGCUCGUUCAGAUCCACAUGCUGAUUGUAACUGGUGCGAGUCUGGCCUCUACAUAGCGCCCAGACAGGGCACGGCGUUUGGUGGUCAAGGAAUAGCCACAUCCCUGCCAUGAAGAGCUUACAGUCUAAAUGGCAGAGGGGACGGAGGCAAACCAUGGGCUGGGAGGAGCAGGUUCAGGGGGUUGCCGUGUGAGAUGUAGCGCUUUGUUAGUUCCUUAAAUGUUUUAAUUAUAAUGGGCUGCCCUGGCAUAGUGGAUCCAAAAACCCAGGCUGCGGGGGUUCCGAUUGGUGCCCAACAGGAGCCCAGCUUGGUCUGACACCAGUGCUGCUAGUGGAGGCGUAGCUAUGGGGCCCUCUCCCUGCUCUCUCCUGAAGGCACUCCAAGGAGGUGGGCAACCUCUGGAUCCAAAUAUGUCAUGACUAGGACACCUCUCCACUCAGCCUGGCCUGGCUACCUCCCUAGCAAUGGCCAAACUGCCCCCAGUGGGGGCACCAUUGUGCUCCCUGCGCUGCUUGCAUAUCCCUCACCCUGCCAUGGGCCUGAUCCUGUGGCAUGCAAUGGAAGUGAUCAGUGAUUGCGGGCAGGGUUGGGCGCUCUGGCUUGCAGAGCCAUCCCUGUACGGAAGGGCCAGCUGAAGAGGCUGCAGGAGCAGCUAGUGAUAUGUUUGGGGUGUCUCAGUUUUUCUCCUUUGCCUAUAACCAGGUCUGAUUCCCAUGCUGAUGACUAGCUCCGUCCAUCUGACUGCUCCGUGAUCAGGGCAGAGCUGAGAUAUUGCACUAUAGCUACACACACGAUUGCACAUAAGGAACUAAUAUUUAUGGGCAGGACACAGAUUCCGUUUGAGUGGUUGUGUCAUUGGGGUUUUUAAUUUGUUUUGUUCCUGUAACCAGCCCCUUUUCUGUUCCGUUCCAUUCCCCCAAAUGUUACUACGAUGGUGCACCAUGUUACUGUACUAAGAAUGGCUCUGGCUCUUCACUGUG